AUGUCCAGGGACCGCCGGGCCGUGUUCCUGGGGGACAGGAACCCCCUCAAUGUGACGUUCCUGGCGCGGAACGUGGGCGAGGGGGGGGCCUACGAGGCCGAGCUGCACCUGCGCCCCCCCCCGGGCGCGCUCUACUCGGGGGUGCUGCGGCCCCACGGGAAUUUCUCGGCCCUGAGCUGCGAGCUGGGGGGGGGCAACGGCUCGAGCCCCCUGGUCUGCGACCUGGGCAACCCCAUGAAGGCGGGGGCCAGCAUCUGGGGGGGGCUGCGCUUCACCCUCCCCCACCUGAGCGACAACAGCAGCAGCGUCCGAUUCGAGCUGCAGAUCCGCAGCAAGAACGCCAACAACUCGCAGAGCGCCGUGGUGCCGGUGGCGCUGGCGGUGAGGGCGGCAACGAGGGUGUCGGUGCUGGGGGUGUCCCGGCCCGACGUUGUCACCAUCCCCGAGGGGGGGUGGGGACCCGACCCCCCCCAGCGGCUGCAGGACCUGGGGCCACCCGUGGAGCACGUCUACGAGGUGGUGAACGAGGGUCCCGGCGCCAUCAGCCAGGGCACGCUGGAGCUCAGCUGUCCCCUGGGCCACCGCGGCCACCCCCUGCUCUACGUCACCGGCCACGAGGGGCUGCACAACUGCACGGCCAGCCACGGCACCGACCCCCUCGGGCUGGAGCGGGAGCAGAGCCCGGGUCCCCACGUGCUGCAGCGCCGGGACACCGGGGACACCGGGGACACUGGGGACAGCCUGGUGUGUCCCGAGGCCGAGUGUUUCCGGCUGAGCUGCCGCUCGGGGGCGCUGGAGCGGCAGCAGCGCGUGACCCUGCGCCUGAGCUUCCGCAUCAGGAGCCCCCCCCCCAGACAGCGGGAGCUGUGGCCGCUGUCCCUGCGCUGUGACGCCGAGUUCCGCGUGCUGCAGCUGCCCUACAGAGUGCGGCCGGACAGCCACCCCCGCCACCGCCUGCAGGUGGUGACGGCGCUGUCGCGGUCCCGCCCCGAGGCGGGCGGGGGGGUCCCGGUGUGGGCGGUGGUCCUGGCCGUGCUCCUGGGGCUGCUCCUGCUCGGCCUCCUCUGCUACGGCCUCUACAAGCUGGGGUUCUUCAAGCGCUCGGGGCCCUACGGCACCGCCAUGGAGAAGGCGCAGCUGAAACCCCAGGCGGCCUCCGAGGCCUGAGGGGACCCCGCGGUGACAGCUGGGGACAGCCCGGGCUGGGGACCCUGCGGUGACAGGGACACCCCGUGCUGGGGACAUCCACGGCUGGGGACCCUGCGGUGACAGGGACACCCUGUCCCCGUGCUGGGGACACCCAUGGCUGGGGACAGCCCGGGCCGGGGACCCUGCGGUGACAGGGACACCCUGUCCCCAUGCUGGGGACACUCAUGGCUGGGGACAUCCACGGCUGGGGACACUCCAUGGCUUCAGGACAUCUCACAGCUUGGGGACAUCCCAUGGCCGGGGACCCUGCGGUGACAGGGACACCCUGUCCCCGUGCUGGGGACAUCCACGGCUGGGGACAUCCAUGACGUGGGGACACCCAUGACCAGGGACACCCUGUCCCCAUGCUGGGGACAUCCAUGGCUGGGGACACUCCAUGACGUGGGGACACCCCAUGGCUUCAGGACAUCCCCAUGGCUUGGGGACACCCACGGCUUGGGGACAUCUCACAGCUUGGGGACACCCCCACACUUGGGGACACCCCAUGGCUUGGGGACCCCCGCAAGGACAAUGUCACCUGCACAGCUGGGGACCCUACAAGGACAAUGUCACCUGCACCGCAAGGACGAUGUCACCUGCACCAGCGGUGUCACCUGCACGGCCAAUGUCACCUGCAUGGCCAGGGAUGUCCCCAGUGCUGGGGACCCCACACUGCCAAUGUCACCUGCAUGGCCAAUGUCACCCACGUCGGUGACAUCCCCCGCUCCACGCCCCCGGCUGGGGACACGCACGGCGCCCACCCCCACACACAGAACUGUCACCGGGCUGGGGACAUUGUCCCAAAAACUGUCACCAGGCUGGGGACACAAUCACAG